AUGUUUGCAAUGAGGUUUGACGGUAAAGAAAAUAAACAUAAUAAUGUUAUCCAAAUUGAUGCAGAAAAUACAAAAGAAAAACGAAAAGCAUAUAAUAAGGCAUGUUACGAACGACGAAAGGAGAAAAACAAAAUGAGACGAAUAGCUAAUGGGGAAGGAAAUAGUCAAAACGCAACAUUUUUGUCAAAUGUGCCAACAGUAAAUAGGAAUCUGGUGGAUAUUACCAAUGCAUCUCCUACAUGUGUAAUGGAUUUUGGUCAAAAAAAGUUGAUUUAUAAUAGAAACCCUUAUCAACGUCAGACGGAACCAACCAUAACAAAACCAGGUAUUCAAAGUCAGCCUGACGUAAUACUACCUCCACGCGAUGAAUUGAUAACUCAAAUUUCAACAUCAAUAGAUCCACAAGGUUGUAUCCAUGGCAAUGUCACUCCAUCAGUACAAAAUGGUAGCAUCUCGGAUGAUCCAUAUAGUUUUGUUUUCGCCGGUAUCCGUAAAAAACAUCGUGUGGUGAAGUUCAAUGAUAUAUGUAGAUAUUGUGGGGCAAAACGACUACAAUUUGAAUCUGCUGGCUUUUGUUGCAUGAGUGGAAAGACAAAGUUGGCAGACUCAUCUAUUCCUGACGAAUUACACAAUCUUUUCACCUCAGAAACAAAAUUAGGCAAAUUGUUUAGAAAGAAUAUACGUGCAUACAACACCAACUAUUCAUUUGCAUCAAUGGGCGUAGAAGUGGAUGAAUCGAUGGCCAAUAUGACAUCUGGGGUAUACACUUUUUGUGUGAAUGGAGGGAUAUACCAUAGAAUCGAUCAGUUAGUUCCAAGGAAAAAGGAUGAACCUAAGUUCUUACAAUUGUAUUUUUACGAUGUUGAAGCUGAGAUGUCAAAUAGACUCGAAUGGAAGAAUCUUGCUAAACCAAUUGUUGAAAUUUUGACUCGCGUUCUUGCUACAAACCCAUACGUUGCAAUAUUUCGUAGCCUUGCUGAUCUAGGACCGCUCGACAAUUACAGAGUCACUUUAAAUGCAUCAGUAGAACUAGACCAAAGGGUGUACAACCGGCCAACCACAUCCGAGGUUGCUGGUAUUUGGAUUGAAGGCAAUGACAACAUAACCGCAUAUAAAAGAAGUAUUAUAGUAUAUGGAAGGUCCGACAAACCAAAAACAAUUCAAUCUUAUUGGGGAUGUUAUGACCCAUUGUGUUAUCCUUUAUUCUUUCCAAAUGGUGAGCCUGGAUGGCAUUCUAACAUACUAAGGCAAGGGGUUUCAUUCAAUGAGAUGGUUAAUGACGACCAAAUCUUCGAUGAAGAUCUAGAAGAGACUGAUAUAAGAACGGGUAGGAAAACUGUAACUAUGCGGGAGUACUACUGUUACAAGUUGCAGAUUCGAUCAAACUUGAACGUAAUUAUGUUAGGAGGGAGAUUAUUACAACAAUUUGUGGUAGAUAUCUACAUCAAGAUUGAGACUUCGCGUUUGGAAUUUUGUAGAAAAAACCAAUCUACAAUAAGAGCGGAGUUAUACCAAGGUGUUGUGGAUUGUGUCAAUGCCGGUGAGGUACAAGCAAGUAUGAUUGGGCAACGUGUUGUUUUGCCAGCAAGUUUCAUCGGAGGUCCUCGUGACAUGCGACGACGAUUUCUCGAUGCUAUGGCUUUAGUUCAAGAUGGAGGGAAACCUGAUAUAUUCCUUACAAUAACGUGCAAUCCGAAUUGGCCUGAAAUCCAAAAUGAGUUACUUCAUUUUCAAACAGCACAAGAUAGACCAGAUCUGGUUGCAAGAGUUUUUCGUGCUAAGUUACAUGACCUUAAGGAACAACUCUUGAAGAGGCACGUCCUUGGUGUGGUGAGUGCAUAUGUUUAUGUAAUAGAGUUCCAGAAACGUGGUUUACCACAUGCUCAUUUUCUCUUAAUAAUGAAACCUGAAUGGAAGCUCACCAAUACAGACCAUUAUGACAAGUAUGUGUGUGCCGAAAUUCCAAACCCGACAAAGUAUCCUAUACUACACGAUCUGGUCAAAUCACACAUGAUACAUGGUCCUUGUGGUACAUUAAACAAAAAAUGUUCUUGUAUGCAAGGUGAUCCACCAACCUGUCGUUUUAGAUACCCUCGACAAUUCAACGAAGCCACAACACAAGGAAAGGACACAUAUCCGGUUUAUCGAAGGAGAGAUAAUGGAAUUGCUGUGAAUAAACAAGGUAUUAUGAUGGAUAAUAGAUGGGUUGUCCCAUAUAACCCAAAGUUGUUGAUGAUGUUCAACUGCCAUCUAAAUGUUGAGGUUUGCUCGAGUAUAACAUCAGUGAAAUACAUCUUUAAGUAUAUUUACAAGGGUCAUGACAAGCAAGUUAUCCAUAUUGAUCCAGAUGCACAACCUGUUGUUAUCAAUGAGAUAAAACGUUUUCAGGAUGCACGAUACGUCUCCGCUCCAGAAGCAGUAUGGCGAAUUUUUAGCUUUUCUCUUAAUCAAAUCCACCCUAAUGUGAUCACUUUGCAAUUGCAUCUUCCAAACCAACAGUUGGUUAGGUUCACUGAUGAUGAUGCAAUGAAAUCAGUUGUUGAGAGGGAGAAAGAUAAGAGAUCAAUGUUGACUGCAUUUUUCAAGAUGAAUAAAGAUAACGUUAAUGCAAGAGAAUAUUUAUACAAAGAUUUUCCCAAACACUUCACAUGGAAUAAAGAAUCGCGUCUAUGGAAUCCUCGAAAAGUAUCACGAGCAGUUGGUCGUUUGGUUUCUGCAAAUCCUGCUGAAGGUGAGCGAUACUAUCUACGUGUGUUAUUAUGUCAUGUUAGGGGUCCUACAUGUUUUGAAGAUCUGUACACAGUCAAUAACGUAAGACAUCCCACAUUUCGAAAAGCGGCUCUUGAAAGAGGGUUAAUAGAGACAGAUGAUAGUUUAUCGCAGUGUCUUGUAGAGGCCUCCUUGUUUCAGUUUCCAAAUGCUCUCAGAAGGUUGUUUGCAACGAUAUUAGUUUUUUGUGAUCCUGGAGAUGUUCGCAAGAUAUGGAAUUCCCACUACAAUUCUCUCUCCGAAGAUUAUAGUAGACAAUACGAUAAUGUCAAUCGAGUACAAAAUAUGGUCCUUACAGACAUAAGCGUAUUCCUACAAUCUAUGGGUAACAAGCUUGAUAACUUUGAUCUCCCGACUGUAAACACCGAUUUGAAUUUUCAGUCUGGAGUUUUUCGAGAGGUACAAGAAGAAUGCUCUAUAAUUGUGGAAGAUGACCAUUUGCGUGCCAAAGAGUUUCUCAAUCCUGAACAAAAAUAUGCAUAUGAUGAGAUCAUGAGGCAUGUGUGUACUGAUUGUACAGGAGUGUUCUUCAUAGAUGGUCCUGGCGGAACAGGAAAAACAUAUCUGUACAAAGCUUUACUUGCUAAUAUACGCAAACUUGGUCAUAUUGCACUCGCCACAGCUUCAUCGGGUGUUGCGGCUAAUAACAUGCCUGGGGGGAGAACAGCUCACUCGCGUUUCAAACUUCCUCUAACUCCAGAUAAUAACUCAUUCUGUAGAAUCCAAAAACAAAGCGGUACCGCUCAACUACUUCGGCUUGCAAAAAUAAUCAUAUGGGAUGAGGCAUCGAUGGCAAAGCGACAGGUGGUGGAGGCGUUUGAUCGGACAAUGCAAGAUAUCACUGGGGUGGCACUCCUUUUGGUGGAAAGAUAA